UCGAGAUCCGCAACCAUGAGCUCUCCUCCUUCUGAUGAAGAGCUGCUACAAUCUGUUUCGGACUUGCGACCACUUCAUCCCCACCUUGGACGAGCCAAAUUCCUCUCCCUUCUGAAGGCAAACCGUACGUCAAAGUUCGCGCUUGGUUUCAAAGAUAAUUCGAGAGACAAAGAUUCCCGAUACUUUUUUGAGAGAGCCCACCUUGGCUCCAGGGUCUUUUGUGACUCCAAACUGAUCUUUCACUAGAUUCAUGGACAUUGAGCGAGCAACGUCUAAAGAAGUGCAUGGACCAGAACAAGCUCGACGCCAAACCCGAGAACGAAGAUACUCUUCCACGCGGUGAUAACUUCAAGUCUAUCGUCAAAGAUGCCUUCAACGACUUCAAAGUCCGAGAGCGGAACUUCUUCCUCGCCUUGUCCAGAUCGCAGUGUCUAAAGUUUGGCGACAAUCCAGAUCCCAUGUACGCGACCUGCCACAUGCGACAUCACAUCGAGAUCCUCCUAACCUUGAAGGAAGUCAAGACUUGCGCCCUCAUAGCACACUAUACCGCCCGGGACAUCGUCACAGAAAUGGUCGAACAAUGUCUGAAGCCGGUAAUGCAGGCGUACAAGCUCUCGCGAUAUGGCUUCCAACUGCACCAGAUCACACAUCCCAUGCAUACGACAGCUCACAGCGGAUUCCAGAACGCUUGGGUCUUCGCAGACACGAGAUUGGCUCUCUAGCCUGAAGUUACCAAGCUGUUCCUGACGCCGAAUGAAGGACCAGCUGACGAGGGUCGCAUUGGAGUAGCGUUAGGCUAUCCCGUACCAGGUCAGAAAGCAACGUUCCGUGCGGUGGAUUAUACGGAGAUGGACGACAUUCGAGCAGCGACAGGAAAGGACGUUUGUUGCGUCUCAGCACACGAGUUCUUCUGUGGUACUAGUUCCGAUUAAUUUCGAGAUCUCAUGUUCCAUUUUGAUCGCUGCUUGACGGCUGUGGACUAGGUUGAAACCCACAUUAGGAUGGAUUUGGCGGGACAUGAGGACUUGGAUAGAUGGGUGAAGCGAAUUCAAGGGAGGGAAUAAUUAGCAUUUGAUGUACCUGAAUGAAAAUUCGAU